AUGUAUUUCAACGCCAGCAUCAACAGCACAACUAAGCUGCUGAAGCCCCUGCUGGUGUUUGCUUUCUGCAUGGCGGCAGGCCUCGCUGGCCUGACUCAGAUAACGCAGCACCGCAGUCACCCAAUAGAUGUCUACGUGGGAUAUCUCAUAGGAGCUGGCAUUGGUGUCUAUCUGGCUGUGUAUGCUGUGGGAAACUUCAAAGCGUCAGAGGAAGAUGAUCCGUCUUUGCAGAGACUGGCUUCAGUUCAGCAGAAGGAGGGCCUGAGAGUUUUGAGCCAGCGCAGCCAUGACUCCCUGUACAGGAAGACUCCCAGGGUGUCUGAGAGCAGGGAGGAGCUGGGGGCUGGGAUGGGGGCCGGAGCACGCAGUAAGGUGAGAAGGGAGAAGGCCUCCUUGGCUUCCUUGAAACGGGCCAGCGCUGAUGUGGAGCUCCUGGCAACCCGGGGUCCCAUGGGCAAAGAGACCAUGGUAACCUUCAGCAACACUUUGCCCCGAGUGGCAAACGGAAACAGCCCCAUCUCUCCGUCCGAUGAGCCCAUCACCACGCAGCGUCACAUGACCUUCCACGUGCCCUUCGACCCUCAGAGGUCUCGACAACUGGUGUCAGAGUGGAAGCAGCGCUCCCUGGAGCUCCGCAGCCAGAGCUCCAGGGACGAAGACGAGGGAGUCGGCGAAACCGACCAAGGGGUGGAGGGGGCAGCAGCUGCGGGGGACGGAGAAAACAAGGGGAUGCCUUCAUCUCUGUAUCCCACCGUGCAGGCCAGCAACAGCGCGGCCACACCGGCUAUGGCCCGGAUGGCCGUGGCACCCCCUUUAGUUCACAUCCCAGAAGAAGCCUCGCGGCCACCACCUGUCUCCCCGAAGAGCGCCAAGACGAGGGCCAAGUGGUUGUCACUCACAGAGGGGGCAGGAGUGAAGGAGCAGAAAGAACAGGGGGAAAGACCAGGACCCAUUGCAGUGUCAACCCCUCGUGUACCCAACACACUGCCCAGCCAGCCCCCCAGCCAACAAAGAGUCACUCAGGUCAUAGCCAUGUCAAAGCAGCCGGGUCACGGACCUUCGUCCACUAAGACGUCAGAAGGUGGCUCCUCCUCCGGCGGUGGCUCCACCUGCUCCGAGUCACCGUAUUACCGCAUCCCAUCAGAUCGAGACAGCUGCACAGGAAGCAACCCGGGGAGCGUCUCCGGCAGCGGGAGCAUCGUCACCAUCGACGCUCACGCCCCUCACCAUCCGGUGGUGCGCGUGUCGGCCAGCAACGGCAAGCCGUGGGAGUGGAGGAACACCAUCAGCGGCAACAUGAUGGCCUCCGACGCGGCGGCGGGCGACAAGCACCGAGUGGCGCUGCAGCGGCAGGACAAUGUCAGCCACUACAGGGACUACCGGACGCUCCCGGUGAAAACAGACUCGCUCUGCUCGUCCAUGACCAGCGAGGGUCCCGACGUGGGGCCGGAGCUGCCUCCCCCGCCCCUCCCCACCGCCUCCUCCCCUCUGCCUCCUCCGCCUCAUCUGUCGUCGUCUCCUCUUCCUCCACCGCCGCCACCCCAGCCCUCCUCCCCCUUGCCUCCACCUCAUUCUGCCUCCUCCCACAUGCCUCCGCCUCCCCCCUUGGCACCGCCCUCCCAAAUGCCCCCACCUCCUCACCCCUCAUCCUCCCAUAUGUCCCUACCUCCUCACCCGUCCUCUUCCCCGCUGCCGCCGCCUCCUCAUCCCUGCACCUCCUCCAUGCCUCCGCCCCCUCACCCGUCCUGCUCCGGGAUGCUCCCCCCUCCUCCGCACCCCGACCUGCUGAUCGACGGCUACGGUCAGGCGCUGUCGCGCUCCUCCACCCUGCCUCGCCGGCCCUCCGUGUCCGCCCGCAGCCACGCCGAGCAGGAGCACUACUACAAGGCCCUGCAGAACGAGAGGAUGUUAUAGUAAAGCUGAAAGACAACGUUAUAAAAUGGAACAAAAAAAGAAAAAAAACAAACAAACCAGAGGAAACAGCUGAACAAAGUCAUGACAGGUGAAAAGAGAUGAGUUUUGAAGAAGAAGAAAAAUGACAAGAAGGUUUAAAGCUGUUGAAGAGGCUGAGGACCUUUGGGAGGCCUGUCAGCUUACCCACUCAGCAGGGAAUCUGGUUUUUGUUGCCUUUUUCUUCCUUGCGCGCACACACACACACACACACACACACACACACACACACACACACACACACACACACAAACACACACACUGCCAAAACACCUGCCGUGACUGGAGACAGAAUCAACAAGACAAGAAAGGGGAAUGAAAAAUAAAAACACCAUGAUUCACCUCUGGUUUUUAGCAACCUCUGAGAAUGAAAAAAAAACUGCAUUUAAAGGAGGAUAUCACAAUAAAACUGUCUGCUACA